AUGAUUCUCAGCGGACUUCAAAUUGUCUCUCGUCAGCUGGUGCGCAAUCUACAACACGUUGUCCAGCAGCAACAACCAUGCGGUAUUGAUCUUACUCUGCGCCAAGUUUCCGAGUGGACAUCAGCGGCUACAAUCGACUUUGAUAACACGAAGCGACAGUCCGCCAAAGUUUCCGGGCUGUGCUUCGACGUUCACAGUCAGAUGAUCACAUUACCACAAGGCGCCUAUUUGGUUGAUUUCAAUGAAACUAUUCAUGUUCCCCGAAACUGCAUGGCAAGCGUUUUUGCCAGAUCAUCACUAUGGCGAUCUGGUGUUGGGAUCCACGCCGGGGUCGUUGAUGCGGGAUAUGAAGGCGCGAUGGGCGCCUUGAUGGAAGUCAAGAAUCCUAAUGGGAUUGUACUGUAUAAAAAUGCCAAGCUUGCUCAGAUUGUGUUCGAGGAAAUGGCGGAGACAGUGGAGGGGUAUAAAGGAGUUUAUCAGUCUUCAACGAGCAGUGCUGGACGUGAUGGGCAGGGUCGUGUGACAAAUAGCUAG